AUGUCAGCGUCCGAGCCCCAAUCGGGCACUUCGACCCCUCGAGCAUUCACAGGGCAAACUGCAACGGCAGAGGACCUGCUCAAAUCACAUACCGUUGGCCUCGUGAACCUAGCCGAUUUCCGCAAGCGACGCGCCGACGUGCUUGAACAGAAAGAGAAAGAAGCGCGUGAUGGCUCGAGUGGCAUCGCAACACCCGAUGUAGAGGAUAGUGACGGUGCGUUGACUCGGCGUUCUGGUUUGCCUCCUAAAAAGAAAAAGAAAAAGGCCGCCAAAGGGCUGCUCUCAUUUGGUGGAGACGACGAGGAAGAGGAAACGCAAGGGGACAGCAGAACCGCGACUCCUGCAAGAAGUGUGAGGACACCCGCACCCGCCGAGGGUUCAGCGUCACCUGAACAUAGCGGCUCGUCUGUCCGGCCUCGAAAGCUGGCUCCCAAUCCGAACUCAACAUUACCAGCGCCAAGGGCUCUCACAAAAGCAGCCUUGGCAGCAGAUGCUGCUGAAAGAGAAAAGCUGAGAAAAGACUUCUUAGAGAUUCAAGAGGCUGUCAAAGAGACCGAGAUUGCUAUACCUUUUGUCUUCUACGACGGGUCCAAUAUCCCUGGUGGUACGGUGAAGGUCAAGAAAGGAGAUCACAUAUGGCUGUUUCUGGAGAGGUGUCGCAAGGUCGGCGCUGAGCGAGGAGUGACAGGCACGGGGUCCGGCACUGGGACUAGCCUGAAAAGCAGGGAAGACAGCAAGAAGCAGUGGGCUAGAGUUGGAGUGGAUGAUUUGAUCUGUGUGCGGGGAGAGGUUAUCAUACCACAUCAUUACGAGUUCUACUAUUUCAUCGCCAACCAGGUCAAGGACCCAACGCGAGAGGGCCACCUGCUCUUCGAGUAUUCUGGCACAGCAGCGAAAAGGGACGAGUCAGAAGAGGCCAAUUUGCUGAGAGUGCCGGGGAAAGAAGAACUGGAGGGCCACGACCACGACCCCGGUCUGACCAAGGUGGUAGAUCGUAGAUGGUACGAGAAGAACAAGCACAUUUAUCCCGCGAGUGUUUGGAAAGAAUUCAAAGUCGGCAAGGAGUUCGAGGAGAGCGUCAAGGGCCGCAGAGACGCGCAAGGGAAUGCCUUCUUCUUCAGCCAAUGA